CGCUAGUUCUCGAGCGAACCUCGUGCGUGACGGUCGUGCGUCGUGUUUUUAUUACUUCCUACGGAUUCGUGUGUUACUGGUGGCGAGCCGAGAAGUGAUUGUGUAUUGAGUGAAGUGUGUGCUGUGUCUAUUAUUUGAAGUGUGCAGACGAUGACCGUGUGUGUUUGACGUGGGGAUGUAUCCUAGCGCGGGCGCAAUGAACGCCGCCGCAGCCGCCGCUGCCGUGGCGGCCGCCAGGCAUCCGGGCCCGCCGCAGCCCGGACAACCCAUCAAGUUCACGGUGGGCGAGUCGUGCGACAGGAUCAAAGAAGAAUUCAACUUCCUACAAGCUCAGUAUCAUAAUUUAAAAUUGGAAUGCGAAAAGUUGGCUAGUGAAAAAAUAGAAAUACAAAGGCAUUAUGUAAUGUACUAUGAAAUGUCGUACGGCCUCAACGUGGAAAUGCACAAACAGACGGAGAUAGCGAAGAGACUGAAUGCGAUAAUCGCGCAGAUCCUGCCGUUCCUCUCGCAGGAGCACCAGCAGCAGGUGGCCAGCGCCGUGGAGCGCGCCAAGCAGGUCACCAUGACAGAGCUCAAUGCUAUUAUUGGGCAACAAAGGCCCGACCUGCCGCGGUUGCUGCAACAGAUGCACGCGGCGCACCUGCCCGCCCACGGCGCUCCGCCCCUACCGCUGCUGGGGCAGGGUGCUCUGCCCCCCGCGGGACUCCUGGGUCUCGGUGUCCCUCACCAUCCGCUGUCAGUACUAGCGAAACCUCCGGAUAUACACAGGCCCGAUGAUAAAGGCAAUGGUAUCAGUUCAGCGGAGGAGAGACAUAGGAAUUCUAUAUCGCCGGGCGAGCGGGAGAAGUAUAGGACGCGGAGCCCCGCGGAGCCCGACCACAAAAAGUUAAAAAAGGAGGAGAAGGACAUGGGCCAUGAUCUGGUGGUAGACGACGCGAGCGAGGAGCCCACGUCUCCUCACAAUGGGGCGCCGUCGCCGCGCGAAAAUGGCCUCGAUAAACUCCAGCCCAAGAAGGAACAUCCACCACAUAGUCCUAGAUCAGGCACAUCUAGUAACGCAUCCACACCGUCAGCGAAAAAGCUGGACGAGAAGCCCAGCACGCCCAUCUCGAAGCCUGUAACCCCCACUUCGGGGGCGAGUGGGGUCGGCGCCGCGGCCCCCUUGAAGGCGGCGGUGAAGCCCCCCGCGCUACAAUACCCCUACCUCGGGAAUGGGGCGCACGACGCGUACGGGUUAGCGGGCUACUCCGCGAGAGCGGCGCUCGCCUAUGAACCCCUACGCCCGCCCAUCGGCCCUGCUGCGCUCGCGCCGAUACCUGGUGGAAAACCAGCCUACUCAUUCCACGUGUCCGCCGAGGGUCAGAUGCAGCCCGUGCCCUUUCCGCCUGACGCGCUAAUGGGGCCGGGGAUUCCCCGUCACGCGCGCCAGGUGUCAGCCCUAGCACACGGCGAAGUAGUCUGUGCGGUGACCGUAUCCUCCCCCACUAAAUACGUCUACACGGGGGGAAAAGGCUGCGUCAAGGUGUGGGACAUCAGCCAGCCGAGCAAAGCGCCCGUCAGUCAACUCGACUGCUUGCAAAGGGACAACUACAUCAGAUCAGUGAAGCUGCUGCCGGACGGCCGGACGCUGAUAGUGGGGGGCGAGGCGUCCAACCUGUCGAUAUGGGACCUCGCGUCACCCACGCCGAGAAUCAAGGCGGAGCUCACGUCGUCCGCGCCCGCGUGCUAUGCGCUGGCCAUCAGCCCUGACUCCAAGGUGUGCUUCAGCUGCUGUUCCGACGGCAACAUCGCGGUGUGGGACCUGCACAACCAGACCCUGGUGCGGCAGUUCCAAGGCCACACUGACGGUGCCUCCUGCAUCGACAUCUCCGCCGACGGCACCAAGCUGUGGACCGGUGGACUCGAUAAUACUGUCAGAUCUUGGGACUUAAGAGAGGGCAGACAACUACAGCAGCACGACUUCAGCUCACAGAUAUUCUCAUUAGGCUACUGUCCGACGGGUGAGUGGCUUGCGGUGGGCAUGGAGAACAGCAACGUGGAGGUGCUGCAUGCGGUGAAGCCGGACAAGUACCAGCUGCACCUGCACGAGUCAUGCGUGCUGUCGCUGCGGUUCGCCAGCUGCGGCAAGUGGUUCGUGUCCACCGGCAAGGACAACCUGCUCAACGCCUGGCGCACGCCCUACGGCGCUAGUAUAUUCCAGUCAAAGGAAUCGUCGUCAGUUCUGAGCUGCGACAUCUCAUCAGACGACAAAUACAUCGUGACGGGCUCCGGUGACAAGAAGGCCACAGUCUACGAGGUCAUCUACUAAACCUGAAGUGACGUGGCCUAGCUAAAGUGAGCUGGCCUGCUAAAGUUACCUGGCCUGGCGAAGUGAGCUGGUCUGGCGAAGUGAGCUGGCCUGGCGAGUGAGCUGGAGAGUUGGCUUGUUAAAGUAAUCUACCCUGCUAAAAUAAUCUGGCCUGCCAUACUGAGCUGGCCUGCAAAAGUCAUCUGGCUCGAAGUUAUCUGGCCUCCUAAAAUAAUCUGGCCUGCCAUACUGAGCUGGCCUGUAAAGUGAGUUGGCCUGAAGUGAUCUAGUGGUUGGCCUAGUGAAGUGACACUACAGUGAACGAUCGAACGGUGAUAUAGCUUUAGUAUAUGUAUAGUAAGCCUGUAUGUACUUAUGCGACUUGUUUAUAUAGAUUAGUGUGCGCGGUUUAUGUUUAUUUGUUGAGCGCUAGUAGUGUACGUUGACGGCAGAUCUCAAGAUGAUUUCGUUUCAAUAUUGUUGUAAAAUGCUCGUAUUAAAAGAUAUGCGCAAAUUA